AUGCCACCAAGUGCAGAUAACAAGAGUAAGGAAAAUCUUCCAUGGGUCGAGAAAUAUAGACCCGAAACAUUGGACGAGGUCUACGGACAAACCGAGGUGGUCACCACGAUUCGUAAAUUUGUAGAUGAGGGUAAAUUGCCGCACCUUCUAUUCUAUGGUCCUCCAGGGACCGGUAAAACCUCUACAAUUGUUGCACUGGCACGUGAGAUAUAUGGCAAGAACUAUUCAAACAUGGUUCUGGAGCUGAAUGCAUCCGAUGACAGAGGUAUUGAUGUGGUGAGGAACCAAAUCAAAGACUUUGCCUCCACGAGACAAAUUUUCUCCAAAGGGUUUAAGCUGAUCAUACUGGAUGAAGCCGACGCCAUGACAAACGCUGCCCAAAACGCGUUGAGAAGGGUCAUCGAACGCUAUACCAAGAAUACACGAUUCUGUGUGUUGGCCAAUUAUGCACAUAAACUUACGCCUGCGUUAUUGAGUAGGUGCACGAGAUUCAGAUUUCAACCUUUGCCUCAGGAAGCUAUCGAGCGUCGGAUAGCCAAUGUGUUGGUUCAUGAGAAGCUGAAACUAUCACCCGAAGCCGAGAAGGCUUUGAUAGAACUUUCCAACGGUGAUAUGAGACGUGUGCUGAAUGUUUUGCAGUCAUGCAAGGCCACUCUAGACAACCCCGACGAGGAUGAGAUCAGUGACGACGUUAUCUAUGAAUGCUGCGGCGCACCCAGACCAAGCGACCUAAAGACAGUACUAAAGUCGAUGCUGGAAGACGACUGGGGCACUGCGCAUUACACCCUGAACAAAGUACGCAGUGCCAAGGGCCUGGCGCUGAUUGACUUAAUUGAAGGCAUCGUGAAGAUACUGGAGGACUAUGAGCUGCAAAAUGAAGAGACAAGAGUGCUUUUACUAACUAAGCUGGCCGAUAUCGAAUAUUCGAUAUCCAGAGGUGGCAACGACCAGAUUCAAGGCAGCGCGGUCAUUGGCGCCAUCAAGACCAGCUUCGAGAAUGAAACACUUAAAGCCAACGUAUAA